UCGCCAUGGUUCGUCUGCCUCUGCAGUGGCUCCUCCUGGGCUGCAUGUGGACCGCGGUCCACCCAGAACCACCCAAUGUAUGCAGCGAAAAGCAAUACCUAAUAGAAAGUCAGUGCUGUAAUUUGUGCCCACCAGGUCACAGAAUGGUGAAUGACUGCACAAAGAUCACCGACACAGAAUGCUCCCCUUGUAGUCGAGGCGAAUUCCUGGAUUCCUGGAACAGAGAGACACGCUGUCAUCCGCACAGAUACUGCGACCCCAACCAAGGACUCCUGGUCCUAAGUGAGGGCACUUCGGAAACAGACACAAUUUGCAUCUGUGAUGAAGGCCAACACUGUGUCAACGAGGCCUGUGAAAUGUGCAGCCCGCACAGCCCUUGCAGCGCUGGCUUUGGGGUCAAGAAGAACGCUACACGGGUUUCUGAUACCAUUUGUGAACCCUGCCUGGUCGGCUUCUUCUCCAAUGUGUCAUCUGCUUAUGAAGAGUGUCAGCCUUGGACAAGCUGUGAGAUCAAAGGCCUGGUGGAGCUGCAGGCAGGGACUAAGAAGACGGACGCAGUCUGUGAUUUCCCACGGCAUCGGAUGAGACCCCUGGUGGUGAUCCCCAUUGUUGUAGCGAUCCUGUUUGCCAUCGUGUUGGUGUCUGCCUGUAUCAGUGAGUCCCCAGGAAAGGUGCCCAAGGCGGCAGACAAUAGGGCCUUCUACCAGAAGGACGAAAGGCAAGACCCUGUGGAGGACUCGGAGGAACUUGCUGGCCACAGCACCGCCGCUCCGGUGCAGGAGACCUUACACUGGUGCCAGCCGGUCACGCAGGAGGAUGGCAAAGAGAGCCGCAUCUCGGUGCAGGAGAGACAGUGAGGCUGUGCGUGCCCAGGAGCGUGGCAGGAUGGACAAAUGUGCACGUGACCGUGGAGCCUGGAGCUGGAGCUGGGACACGAGGGCCAGGGACUGGCGCUAAGCACAGCCCCCCUCUGCCUGCACCCCUGCAGCUCAGAAAGUUCACCUCAGGGAACCUCCCACUCCAGCCUGGAGCCCGUUCAACCUCCCAACUUGCUUUUAAAGAUGGAGGCAAAACUUCUGCAGGGGUGUGUGUGGGGGCAUCUAGUAAUAUCAUCAAACCCUGCAACCCAGCAGUUCAGUGCCCAUGGUGGUUUCUAUGAGCCCAAGGGGGCAUCUACAUGAAUAUUGCAGUGUUGUUCGUGACAGUAAACAACUGGAAGCCACUUAACUGUCCAUCAACAGGGGACUGGCUAAAUAAAACUGUAAUAUAUUUAUGCAACAGGAUUUCAAAAACACUGU